AGGCCGCGCGAUCAGCGUGCCAAAGGCCAUCUGCCGCCGCCCUUCGUGGUGAUUGCCGGUCGUCUCUUUCGAUCUCUUUUAGCUGCUCACAAGUGGUUUUGUUGUGUCUCGUUCAGCAACCCUUGUGGUUCUUGUGGUUCUUUUGUUCCUUUCUUCCGGCUGCUGUCUAUUUGACUACAAAGCUAUCCCUUCAUCCACCCCAUACUAGCUGUAAUUGCUGUGCCUCGAAGGCUUUGAUUAUUAGCACAGCCUUCGACCCAAAAACAAUCCAUCAAUCUUCCAAACGAAUCUUUGUCGGAGUGGCAUUUCCAGUCACUGUGAAAAAGACCUUUACGCUCUCAUCUUACACAUCAUUACAUUACCCAACAGCAAUCCACAGCUAUACAGUCAACAAGAACAGUAUAGCAACAGCACUGGCUUUAGCUAGCUAGCAAAUAACAGAAAGCAGGAUCUUGAGUGUCCUGUUGUCGACGAAAAAACCAGAUCUUGUUGUCGCUUGCGUUCCAGUGAGCAACAGCAAAUCAACAAUCUCCCUACAGAGUGAGGCUAUCUCUCUCUCUCUACACACACAUUACAUUACAGUUUAGUAAAAAGUAGCAAGACAAUGGACAACGGUCCCCGCAACUCUGGUGGCAAAAUGUCAUUGAUGGACAUUCAAGCCGAACAAGAACGCGAGCGCUCGUAUGGCAACAACAAUCGCCGUGGCAGUCGCUCGUCUUAUAAUAGUAACAAUAACAACAACAACAGUGGCAACAACAACAACAACAGCAACAACUAUCAUCGCAGCAGCAGUGGAGGUGGAGGACGCCGUGGAAGUCGCCGUGGCUCGGAUCGAUCGAGUCUUCCGUUGGAACGUGGCUGUAUCUGCAGUCUCAAGGAAAAAUUUGGAUUCAUUCACUGUGCCGAUCGUCCCAAUGAAAUCUUUUUCCAUUACAGUGAAGUCACCAGUCCUCAUCCGGAUCAUUUGCAAAUCGAUGACGAAGUGGAAUUCCGCGUGGGCAAAUCGAGAGACAAUCCCGACAAAUUGGCCGCCUUGGAAGUCGUUCAGUUGCCCACUGGCUCCAUUGAAUGGGAGUACGAAGAGACUCCUGGAAAACGCUUUCAGGGAAUCAUUGAUCGUCCAUUGAUGAGAAGUGGAAGCGGCAGCAAUGGAAGACAACAACACGACAACAACAACAACAAUAGUACAUAGUAAUACUAUGGAGGGUCUCAUUCGAGUGUUGGUGCCGGCUGACGAAAAAGAGGAAGACGAUACUGCCGACGAACAACCCAAAGAUGGCAAAGACGAUAAGGACGACAACAACAAAACAGAGACAACGGCAGCUGCCGACGCCAUGACAGCAGGACCCAAGUUCGAUUCACGUCCAACGACUACAACCCCGAACCGGACGACACUCGCCGAAACUCCCUGUCGUC